AUGGAUUCUGAGUUGAAAGGGCAGCAGCUAAGUGAUGCAGAAUGGUGUGUUAAAAAAAUUAAUGGUGAGGGAAAUUGUCUCCUAUUAUUUCUACCGAUGUCAUCUCCAACCACAAUUGUAAUGAUUGUUUUAGUUUCCUUGGAGCGCUUAGUUCCCUACGUUUUCAAACUUUCACAAACUCAAUUAUCACAGCAAUGCCAGAGCCAAGGUUUUACGGAUAGUAUAUCAUUAAAUCUAAUUAAACUAAAACUAAUGGACAUUCUACAAGCUCCUCAAGAAAUUAACCAAAUUGGAUUGGUAGAUUCAAAUUUGGUUUUUAGUUUCGAUGUAUCUGCGGAUAUUACAGUUUCCAUAAAUAGCGUACCUUCACAUGUUACUAAGGAUAUGUUCUAUAUGAUUUUGCAAAGUUUAUGCAUGCUUUUAUUAAAAUUGGUAAACCUUUCCACCCAAUACCACUAUGUACAACGGGAUAUUUUGAAUGAAAAGCAAAAAUGCUUAGAUUUUCUUUUAAUUUCUCUUCGUGAUUUAGACGGUGGGAGUAAAGUUAUCAGUCAAUGGGCUCCUGAAAAUUCUAAGAAUUAUGAAUCUCUGCAGCAAUGCACAGACGAUGACAUAAUCAAAAAAUUACUACAUAAAGGAAAAUUCCAGCAUCAAGAAUUUCUGGCGGACUCAUUAAAAACAUUAUUAUCUUUAAGAAACAAAUUUCAAGAUGUGUCGCGGUUUGAAGAAUCUGGAGAACUUAACAAAAAAGAGCGCGUCAGAUUUCCUGCGGUGAAUCAUUUUUAUAAUGAUGAUUUUGAAUUGCAAGCAGACCCUACAAAUGAGGCUCGACCAAAUAGCCGCGGUAAAAUUAAACCAAAGACAGAUUUCAAGCCAAAAUCUAGAGAAAGUAGUACCAGUUCGCAACUUCGCCUGGAGAAUUUUUCUGAAUCUGAGGCUACACCAGAAAAAACAAAAUCAAGUUCUUCUUUGGUCGAAGAAUACCCACAGAAAAAAAGAAAAUUUGGAAAGGUGAGAAUAAAAAACUAA